AUGGGAGUGGUCAUAAUUGAUGGUUCCACCGUUCGUGAUUUCGUCAGCAACGAAGCUGAGUUCAACAAAAGCACCGACGAGAAAUUCGCCGACUUGGAUCUCAACCACGACGGCGUCUUGUCCCGGUCGGAGCUAAGAAAAGCCUUCGAAUCCUUCCGGCUGAUCGAGACCCACUUCGGAGUCGAUGUCGCCACGCCGCCGGAGGAGCUGACCAAGCUCUAUGACUCCAUAUUCGAGAAGUUUGACGGCGAUCACAACGGGACCGUCGAUCUGGAAGAGUUCAGGAGCGAGAUGAAGAAAAUCAUGUUGGCCAUCGCUGAUGGGCUCGGGUCAUGCCCGAUCCAAAUGGUUCUCGAUGACGACAGCUUCCUCAAGCAAGCUGCUGAUCUCGAGGCUUCAAAGAUCCCCGGACGUGGGGUGGUUUCAAGGUGGUUUGCAAGACUGGUUGUUUGUCCAUUUCCACACGCUUCCACGCCGCCCCCUGUUUGCCGAUCAAUCUUCCCAAUUCGCCCUGCUACUUACUCUGUUUCCUCGCGUCGGUUUAACACCAAUGCUGCCCGCGAUUGCGAUGAAGACGAUGGUCACUACUCUCUUGACGCUGAUCGGCGCACCCGCUGUGCUCCACCGUUCGCCCAUAUCCCAAUCGCCUUUCCAGAUAUGGAUGCUGCGUUUAAUCCAUUCGGGAUUAGGACCUGGAGGCCAUUUCUGAACAUGGACUUUCCGAUGGGUACCGGACACAGGCGGCCCUACGCUGCCAAAGAGACUCCUGAUGGUCUGCAGCUGAGGUGGGACAUGCCGGGGAUGGGGAAGGAAGAUGUGAAAGUCCAUGUGGAGGAGAACACUCUGGUCAUCAAAGGUGAAGCACGGAAGGAUUCUGAAGAUGAUGAAAUCGAGCGGAGUUUCUCUACCAGAAUUGACCUCCCUGACAAGCUGUUCAAGACCAACGCCAUCAAGGCUGAGAUGAAAAAUGGGGUUCUCAAGGUCUUGCUUCCAAAAGUCAAGGAGGAAGAGAGGAAGGACGUGUUUAACAUCAAAGUUGAUUAG